GGCGGGGGACAGGUAUGGCGACGCUGCCGGGGAGCCGCUGCACGAACUCUCGCACUCCCGCGCCGAGUCCCGGAACAUGACCGCGCUCACACCUGCGCGCAGGUAGACUCAGCCUCAAACGAGUACCUGGUGCGGUGCGUAAACAUCGCCGCGAGGGAGACAAAGACGGCCGGGCGUGCUUCUGGCCAACCCCAACCCCCGUCGUACGUGCCGUGCCGACCCUCAUCGCAGGGCCUAGCAGCGUGUUGGACUGCACCCCCGCCCCCCGGGGUGGGCGCUGAGAUCCCGGCACCAUGUGUGACACCACGUCCCUCGACAGCCUCAUGGAGAUGGGGUUCCCCAGGAACCGCGCAGAGAAAGCGCUGGCGGUGACCGGAAACCAAGGAGUGAAUCUCGCCAUGGACUGGCUGUUUGAGCACUCGGAGGACGCGGACAUCGACGAGCCGUACGUUCCGCCCCAGGGGAAUGUCGUGGACCCCGCGGCGGCGGCCACGCCGCCCACACUCAGCCUGUCCACCGAGUCGGCACUCGCCGCCCAGCGCCAAGAGGGGGACGGGGAUCCCGGAGAGUCCGAGGACGGUGCCGAGGGACAGGAGCCUAAGAAGAUGCUCACCGAGGAGGAGCGCCAGCAGCAGCUGCAGAGACUCGAAGAGAAGCUGCGGCAGAAGCGUCUGGAGCGCGAGGAGAAGGAGCGGCAGGAGGAGAUCGAGCGCGAGAAGCAGCGGCGCAAGCACGGCCAGGAGCUGGCGAGCAUCCGCACGCGCAUGCAGGAGGAGGAGAUGCGCAAGCUGGUGGAGGAGCGAAAGCGCGAGAAGGACGAGGAGAGGAUGGCGAAGGAGCGAGUGCGGGAGAAGAUCGCUCGCGACAGGGAAGAGAGAGCUAGGAAGUUCGGAGAGACGACUGGAGCGGAGGCGGUCCCCGCUGCGGGGACUGCAGCGCCCCCUGCCACCAGCGAGCCACCCACCUCGACCACCGCCACCACCUCCCCCCCCAAGCGUGACUACGAUCAGUGCCGCAUACAGGUUCGCAUGCCGGACGGCAGCCAGCUGAUGCAGUCGUUCGCGGCCAAGGAGACGCUGGCGGCGGUGCGGCUCUUUGUGGAGCUGCACCGUCAGGACGAGGCGACCCCCUUCGUGCUGCUCACCAAUUUCCCGCGGAGGCUGUUCGGCGACGAAGACAUGGAGAAGCCCCUCUCCGAGCUUGGGUUGGUUCCAUCUGCUGUGCUGAUUAUGACCAAGCGUUAGUGAGGACUGCUUUUUUGUCUCUCGAGUCUUAACGCACCCUGUCCAGCCGUACUCCACGUUACAACCCCAUUCAGUCCCAACAAACCCGCACACAUCAUGAUACCCACAUAUACAACGCAGGGCCCACACACACAUAUCCACAAACGUGAAUAUACUCACAUUCACCGACAGGCUCUACACAUUACGUCUACACAUGCUGUCUACACCUCUGUAUAUCCCACACGCGUACCCAUCCACAACAACAACAACGGCCGCCAUUCGACACUCAGUGACGGUGACAUGACCACAGCGCUUGGUAUUGGCUCGUUGCACUUUGAGGCCAUGUGAAUUGUGUCCCAUGGCUCAACGGUAGGAGGUCUCGGGGCAGACCUCAAUCAAGAUCCAGAUAAUUUGUUUAACACACACACAUACAUUCCCUUGCACCUGCACAUAUCUCAAUACACCCCACUAAACACCACAUACGCACACCCUACACACAACCCUAUCUAAUAAUUGCAUGGGUUUGUGAAUCUGGCUGCCCAUGUGACUAUCGAAAUUUCUCCGUGCUGCACUGAUCACUACUCCCAAGUUUUACCUUUAAAAAAAUUGGGGCUUUAAAAAAGAAAUUUGUGCUGAGUUUUGAGAUAUUUUUUUGAGGUUAUUUUCAGCUGACGCUUUUUUCACAAGUGGCGACAAAACGUCUCCUCCCCCCACCAGAGUCAACAGAGGUCACGUCUUCCAUGGCUUGGGCAGAGGGGGCGGCGUUCGUUGUGGGAAGCGGGGUGUGAGGGAGAGCAGGGACCUCUACGGUUGGCACCUCCUGAAUGACAAAAUAGCCAGAACUCGCAGGAAUAAGAAUAUCGUGUUGUGUCAGAAUAGUGGAGAACUACACGGAGAUGCAUCGUCUAAAACGGUGGUUUUUUUUAUGCGAGUGACAAAAACCGGGACAUUUAAUGUCAAUGUGGGAAGCCUCGGAGAUAUUCGCAGGACAGCGACCAACAAAAAAGGCAUGUCCUGGGAAAACCGGGACAGGUGGCAACCUCAGAAGGGUAAAUAUAAGCGAGUGUAAUGGAGAGGGGGGUGGUGGAAGCUGGGGUUAUGCGAUCGAUGGCGAGGUACACAGCCACGUGUCUGCUCGAGCCACUCUGUGAUACAUCACCUGCAUGCCGAGUUUUAUCCCAAGGAGUUUUUAUUUUCUUUUCUCGUUGAUGGAAAGUUUCUUUAUAUAUAUAAAAAAACACUGAGCUCGUGGGGUACAGUGUUUACGCUGAUGCGAGGUGCUCACAUGAAACGCGAAUUGGAAUGCGCAUUCAACGCGGCGCGACUAAGUUAAUGGGAUACGAGAGCGGCACUGCUGACUCGGUCAUUCCAGAAUCUAUUCAUCUUCGGCAUCGCGUGUGCAUCGGGCUCGUUUGCAUCGGUGUCCUUCAACCUUGGUGAUGCCGCGGUGAUUAAUUUGGCUUCAUCAAGUGUACCGAGUUGCUGCUCGGUAAACAAUUAUUACAUUCAAAAAGCCCAUUAUUAAAUCCGGUUUUGCAUUUUACUUUUACUAAAUUCAAGCUCGGAAAACUAUCAAUUUGACCGUCGUGAAAUGAACGUUACUAUCGGUGGCAGGGCGGGUUGGAAAGUGCGUCGGGUAGCUCAGAUAUCCGCUUCCCGCAGGUCGGUGGUGCCUCGCAUGAAGAGUCGCACAGCUCUGCCAGAGCCCAAAAUUGAGCAUCCGGAUUCAAAUUGGGAAGAUUUUUUCUUGCAAUCAUUGCAGGCUGGUAGCAUUAUGCCCAAUGUUUUGUUUAGUCUUACGUAACCCGCCAUACAAUGUGAGAAAUGUUCAUUCGCUUGCCGCAUUAACACAACCGGUUGAACAACGCCGAUUUAAAUGACCGUGAUCCUCGUCCUCGUACCCCUGCCAUCAUGAACAAUGUGUGCAGCCGGUGGCGAUGGUGAACUCCAUCAUGGAGCAAUUAAAGUUUUUAAUGAGAAGCGA